UAUGCUCUUGCCAAGUCGGGGCCAAAGUUUUAUUCGUACCUGGUCAGUCUUCCCAACAAACGGUGGUCAAUGAUUUCGCCAACAUAGCGAGUAAAUUGAAUAGGAAAACUAAUCCAACUCUUGAGAAAUUGGUUCAAAUUGAUGGUGACAAUUUAACUUCAUUAGAAUUUGACAAAUUCUCUUUAAAUCAAUUGUUAUCAUCGAGUGAUGGAUCAACUACAACUUCAUUGAGAGUCAAUAGUGAUGAUCCAGCGAUCAUCAUGUUCACUUCAGUUAUACAAGUUAAUCUCCAUCUUUGGUCGUGUCUCUGGGAAUCUUUAUCAAUCUUAAUUGCUAUUGUUGAGAUACACAGUUUGUGUUAAAUUGUUUUGUAUUUUUAAGUCAAAACGAUUCAACUUGGAAAAAUCUAACUGGAACAAUUUACAAUGUUUACUCUCAAAAUCAAAUGAACAAAUUAUUUUGAUUAUUGAUUCCCUUUCAGCAUAACAAUCUACUCAGUUUGUUCAGGUAACUUUAUCAAGGCCAAAAUAAAUGAAAACCACAUCAAAGUACCCUGAUGAUGGUAAUCAUACUGAUGGCCGUUAUGUUGACUUCGGUCCCAGCAGGGCUGUUCCUUUUCCUGUUGGCUCUCAUAAUAUUGGUACUGGUGGUCCUGCCUACGUUGCCGCUUCUAAUGAUGCUUUACGUAGUUUCGGUGCUGUUCCCGCUGGUGUUGGUGAUUAUAACCAAGGUGGUUAUGUUACUAAUCGUGUUGUUCAAGCUAGUCCUCGUGUUGCUGUUAAUAAAACGAUUUCACGACUUUCGUCUCCUGAAGCUUCUUCUAGGACUUCGACAGCAAUAAGCAGCCUCAUAUCAAAUGGUCAGAUUGAUAAACUUCCCGAUAUUAUAAGUAACCUUGCUAACGCAAUAGCUUUAUCUAGUCCUGGAGAAAGUUCCAGAGAAGCUUUGACUCAGGUCUUAAUGGAGGUAUUCAGUGCGUUGAUGCAAAUAUCAGAUAGCUCAAAUAAUCCAAUCAUUUUACCAAAUUACCAAUGAUUGAUACCUUUACCUGAAGCUAGAGCUGCAAAUGUCACUUCAACAUAAUCUUCUACAUGUAUAUGCCUUCAUUAUUUAAACAAUUGCAGCAAAUUAUUAAAUAAGAAUUGAUAUUGUGUCUUCA